AUGGAGGAGGAGCCCGACACCCCAUCCCUCGUGGAGCUCCUCCAACGCACCGCCGCCGACCAGCACCUCUCCGCCCCCGAUCUUUCCACCCCUGCAGCCCAGGAAUAUCUGGACGCGCUCCAGGCGCUUCCACUCAAGGCGCUCCUGGCAGAAGCAGGGGCGAUCACAGAUGCCGCAGGCGGCGUCGAGGGCGAGCUCACCAACCUCUGUUAUCGCGAAUACCCGACCUUUAUCAGCGUGCACAAAUGUUCUGCGGCCGUCACCAGCGCGUUCGACGACUUCUCAAGCUCCCUGGGACGGCUACUUGACGCGGUGCCCGCACUUGAGGACGAGUGCCGUACCUUUGUGCGCGGUACGGCGAGGAUGCAGGAUGCGCGGGCCAAGGCAGUCCUUGUACAGGAACACCAGGACAAGCUGUUCGACCUCCUUGAGAUCCCGCAGCUUAUGGACACGUGCGUCCGCAACGGAUACUACCAGGAAGCUCUCGAGCUCAGCGCACACACCGAUAGCUUGCUAAAACGCUAUCCCGGUGUAGAGCUGGUACAUGAUGUCGCCAAGGAGGUCGAUGGAGUGCUCCAGCUCAUGCUCUCCCAGCUCCUCGCCCUAUUGCGCGAACCGAUUAAGCUCCCCGCCUUAGUCAAGACUGUUGGAUACCUGCGCCGCCUCUCCAUUAUCGGCGAGGACGAGUUAGGCCUCGCGUUUCUGGUGUCACGCCUGUCCAAUUUUAGGACACAGCUCGGCGCUCUUGAGCGCGACCGACCCGAUCCAGUGCGUUAUGUGCGCAAGUACGUCGACCUGUUCCGCGAGCACGUAUUCGACAUCAUCUCCCAGUUCAGCGCCAUCUUCGAGGGCGCCAGGGGCGCCGCACAACUCGCCUCCUUUGCGGGACAGUGUGUCGACGAGCUCGUGUCCGUCGUCGCAACGAACGUGCCCAAGAUGAAGGACGCGGCGUCUUUGUCCUCCAUUCUGGUCCAGCUGGGAUAUUGUGCGCUAGCCUUCGCCCGCGUCGGCCUCGACUUUUCUGCGCUCGUGACGGACCCUUUCGCCGAUGCAGUUUCUUCAGCCUUCGGCGGCGCCAUCACCGACGCAACGAAGAGCCUCGCCAUGGCGCUUGCGCAGGCCGAGAAAGGCUCCGGUAGUCCUGCCUCGGCCCUCCUGGCGCCUGAGGCGCUGCCAGCCCUCCUCUCCGCCGACUCGCCCCUGUCCUUCGUAACCUGGUCCGGAUCACUUGACACCCUCCCUGAUCUGGCCAAGUUCCCGCCCCUCGCGAUCCUUGUGAACGCGCAUCUCUCGGCACUCAACUCACUCCGUCUCCUCGCCCCGCUCCACCUCCACCCAGCCCUGGCAGCGACGCAAUGUGCAGCUCUGACGAAAUGUACCCACGCCGUGGCGCAGUACGCGCGCCAAGCAGUAGCCAUGAGCGAUACCAUGAACCCGGGGACGGGACACAAACGGUCCAACUCGGGCCGAGCCGCUCUCAUCCGAAGAAACACCGAGACGCAACUGACCCCGGAAGCGCGCACAGCCCGCCGGCGCGAAGCACAGCGUACCUGCGCGGCAUUCGCUGAUGCCUGGGGUCAAGCUGUCGUGCCCCUCCUCCGGACGGCGCUUGACACUGGCGUCUUCGAGGAGGCAUUGGACGAUUCGGCGGAACUGAGGGAGACUUUGGAGACGCUGGACGCAUGGGUCCGCGACCAGGAUGUGGAGAGUACCGUCAAGGAGGGUGCACGGACGCCGAACGGAUCGGGCGCCGCGACGCCUGUCGUACAUGAGGAGCUGGUUGGUGAGCCGGAGGAGAUGACUGCGGUGGAGAGGGGAGCAUCACCUGUGCGCUCGCCGUCGCCCGUGAAGGCUUCUCCUGUGAAGGAACGCUCGCCGUCGCCCGUGAAGGCGGAGCCAGCACGCUCACCCUCGCCCCUGAAAGAGCCGGUGGCCCCUUCUCCCAUCGCCUCUUCAGUGAAAGAACGCUCUCCGUCGCCCGUAAAGCCGGAACCAGCACGCUCGCCAUCCCCUGUGAAAGUGCCGUCACCCAAGUCACCAGUACAGCCGUCAUCGCCAGAACAGACAUCGCCACCUCUGAAACCCACAUUCCGAGCACCGCAAUUCACCAUCGACACCCCAUCAGCACACGCCACGCCGGCUGACACGACGCCCGCGACAUUGGCUACGCCUGUGGUCGAGACGCCGCCGCCUGUGCCUACACCUGAGCCAGAGCCGGAAGAGAAUGAGAAGGCAGCAAAUGGACAGGCCAAGGCGGCGGAAACCAAGGCGGCGGAAACCGAGGCGGCGAAAACCGAGCUUAACCACAAACCUGAGACGUCCAAGGAGAGAACCGAGAUGAAGGUGGAGACCAAGCCGAUGUCCGAAGUGAAGGCAGAGGGGACGGCCGAGUCCACGCCGACGACGACGUCCGAGCAACCAGCCCAAGAUGUCAACGGUACUGCCGAUGCGGAAAAAGCCGGGGCGGCCGAGCAAUCGGAGCCCGCGGUCACGGCCGACGCUGAUCUCUCGGCCGUGUCCGUACUUGAAGACGAGUCUUCACCGUCUCCUGUCGCUGACACUGCGCCUGUGGUUGGCAACAAGCCCACAACCCCACCAGCGUCUGCCGAGACUACCACUGUGGUGGACACACCUGUUCCACCAUCUGCACCCGACGCCACUCCACCAGCAGCAUCUGAGACGCCAGCGGAAGAGGCCGAUGACGACCCGGCCGAGUCUACCGGGCCAUCAAGACCGCCGUCACCGUCUGGAGCUGCGCCGUCCACUAGCGGAGGAGGCAAGAAGAAGAAGAAGAAGAACAAAAAGAAGAAGUAG